AUGGCUGGAAUUGCUAUCUUAGGAGCCGGCAUCUUUGCCACUGAUGAGCAUCUCCCGGCUCUUGUUGCGAACAGGGCAAACCUCAAAGCUAUCUACUCGCGUUCGAAAACUUCCGCUUUGACAUUGGUUGACGAAGCAAAGAAGCUUGGUGUUCCGGAUGUUGAGCUCUAUUCAGAAGACACCGCUGGUCACACGCUGGACGACCUUUUGAAACGCAAAGAUAUCGAUGCAGUCGUCGUUGUUUUACCGAUUCCUGUCCAACCAGACAUCAUCCGCCGUUGCCUUGCAGCUGGAAAGCAUGUGUUGUCUGAGAAACCGAUCGCGAAAGACGUCCAGACUGCACGCGUGCUGAUUGAGGAUUACAAGAAGCAUUACGCCAAGGACGGGUUGAUUUUCAGCGUUGCAGAGCAAUUCCGUUUCAUGCCUGAAUUUGAGCUUGGGCGAAAAUGGGUUGUUGACGAGAGAGCUAUUGGCAAUAUUACACAGCUUCACCUCAAGAUAUGGCGCAAUCAGGGUCCCACUGGAAAGUACUAUGAGACUCCAUGGAGAAAGAUCCCAGAAUACCAAGGAGGCUUUCUGCUUGAUGGCGGGGUUCACCAUAUAGCAAUGCUUCGCUAUAUUUCUGGGCAGGAAAUUGUUGAGACUCAAGGGUUUUCACGCCAAGUCGCUGCUCACCUGCCGCCUCUUGAUACUGUCAAUGCAGGAAUCCUCCUUAGCGGUGGUGGAACCGGUACCAUCUCGAUGUCAUUUUCGUCCGCAAAGCGAGCCACUGAGUUUACCAUCAUUGGGACGCUAGGUACAUUUUUCCUGACUGAUGGUCCUGAUGGUUUUACCCUAAGCCUUGAGCGGAUUUCGGGUGAAAAGAGCAGUGAAACAAUUAAGAGCAAAGGUGUGGAGCUCGAGAUCAAGGCUUUCCUAGACGCUGUGAAGAUGGGGAAGGCACAGUCUCGUGCCGGACCAGAGGAGGCACUAAAUGAUUUAGCCAUUAUUGAAAGCUUGUGCUCUGGUGAACGCACUGUUAACUUAUAUUAG